AUGAAUGGAUCUAGCUUCACAUCUCUGGCAGAUGUCGAAGUCAGCACACUCGGUGCAUUUGAAGCGAUGUCCCAGAAUCAUCUGACGACACUCAUUGCAAUUUGCCUCCUGAUCAAAUGGUCUGACGGGAUGAAGACGUUCAAGGCGGACCAAAAGAAUAUUCAUCUCUCUGAGGUCUCGUUUGCUGUGUUCAACAUCAGAAAAGUGACAGGGUUUAAUAAACAUCUUGGAGUAACGGCGCUGUCUAUUUACUGUGGCUGUUAUGGAAUGAUGCUCGUUUCACUCACUACUCAUUUCUACUACCGGUUCUUAUCAGUCACUCGUCCGUCAAAGCUUUCUCGAUUUUCUAUGAGAAACUUUCCAAUUUGGGCUCUCCUUGUAUUGAUCAGUUAUUUUAUAUGGUUCAGUUUGACAUACUUCGUAAACGGCUCCUCUUCUAUUAAAGACGAAGUUUUGAUACCUGAAUUCAAAAGAGAUUACUGUAUGCAACCAGAUGAUUUUUCAUAUGUGGGAAUACAGUACUAUUAUACUGAUCCAUUGACAGGAGAAACAAGGAUGCAUAUCCCUUCACUCUUCUCAAUUACUGUUUUUACAUGUUUUAUGACUCUUUCUUCCGGUUCCAUGACAUAUUUUGGUGUGAAGACGUAUGCUCAUCUCAAUGAGCUAACUAUGAUGACUAGUGUCGAUUUCCGUGAACUUCAAAACCAGCUGUUCCGAACUUUGGUCAUUCAAACUCUGAUUCCCAGUGUCUUCAUGUAUUUACCAGUUGGUAGUACGUUUUUAUUUCCGUUAUUCGGUCUGACAAGUGAAGCUAUGAGAAACUUUGUGCCGAUAUCUGUGGCUCUCUGUUUGUGUUUUGAGCCACUGGUGGCAAUGUAUUUCAUCAAGAUUUUCAGAACAAGAAUAAUUGAAGUUGUGACCUGCCAGAAGUAUAAGAAAAGAGGACAAGUUUCAAGUAUGCAAACAACAACUUGA